AUGGAGGAUCUCAGCGUCGAGGAGCUCGCCUCCAAUCUCUCCACCUACAAGGACCAGCUCCGCGAGGUUAGGAAGUUCAUCAAGGAGAAAAAAGAUGACGCUGGAAUUUCUGAAUAUGUUGAUAUGGAAAAGGAGCUUCAAGAGGUUAUUACAUUAACCGAAGAGCUUUUGGCAACUGCAAAUCCAAGUGAGAGUGCGCAGAAUGAUGUAGGUCUAUCACCGCCAAAUUAUUCUGCUGGAGUGCACUCAGAGGCACUGGAUGACCUCUCACAAUCCCAUGAAAAAUUUGCAGUUGGUACCAAAGUGCAAGCUGUGUAUAGUGAAGAUGGGGAGUGGUACAAUGCGACAAUUGAAGGUCUGACACCAAUUGGUUAUUUUGUAAGUUAUGAAGGCUGGGGAAACAAGGAAGAGGUAUGCUAA